UUGUAAAAUCCGUUUUCCGAUUGUGAAUCUCGGAAGUGACGUGUUUCACUACCCAUCGUGGCCUCAGGCUUUUCAAAGCCUUUUAUGUUCGCUGGAUGAUUCUUUCGAGCAUUCAACUGCACCUAAAAUCUCGUAGUAUUGCACGUGUUACAUUGUCAAAAAUCUGCGCAAUCGUCUGCGAAGUCUAUAUUGUACAUCGGCAAUAUGGAAAUGUGAUGAAAUCCAGCUGGUAGCGUUUUGACGGGCUCAAACAACAUAUGAUACGAAGUCAUUCUGGUUAACUGGCUUUUCUUUAACUGCAAUAACAAAGUCCUGAAAAGCCAGCCUGUUUUGACAUUUUGAUAAUAAUAAUUAUAAUAACAAAAGCCAUAGUGGAUGCCUAAAAAGUUGUAGGAAGUGAAGUAAAGUGUAGAAAGGAUAUGUGGGAGCGUCUUGUCUAACGACCGUGGACUUCUUCUAUGGUUUAGCCCAAAGGCGGAACAGCACUAAUAUAUUGACCGUUGAUAUAGGCUCAUAAUAGGAGCGUAAUGGAUGAAGAUCAAAACUCGGAAAGUCGAAGCCUGAGUGGAUCAGGACAGUCCUCACCACAGCCGCAGUUCAAUAAGCAGACGUUCAAUGCUGGCGAAUAUACUGGCCACCACAACGUGCUCAUAGAGAGCAAAACAUCUUCAACAGAUGAAUCAAAGCGCCCAACGAGACGGAGAAGACGGACUCGGACAAGGAGGGUUUUCUUGACCAUGGCGAUGGUCGGACUUUUCGCUCUUGCGGUUCUUGCUGGCGUUGCAGUGCUUUGGGCUAUCAACGUUGAGACAGAUACACGUGAAGCUCAGCGUAACGUAACGAGUACAACUAGAAGACGGCGGGUACAAUAGAACAAUGGCUGCAACGAACACAACCAAGAUGCCACUGUGUAACCAUCUAUUUCAAGUAAACUAGUAUUCCUGGAUAAUGUUUGUACUUAUGUAACAUACUGAGAUGUUGCAAGCGUCGAAAAAGCAUGGCAAUUGUAUGGACGUGCCGUCAGAUCCUUUGUCACCAAUGUUGUUAUAUCAUCACAUCUUGGGUACCUUUAGUAAUAUUGACAAAAUGAUACUACUAUAAGGUACCUAUCACUAUUAAAUUUUUUUUUGUAUGGGGACUGUAUCUAUGCCCAAGCAAUCUAAACUAUUAGAGCAUAUGGGUACGCGUUUACUUUGUUGUGUGGAGCUGUCAUAAUCUAAUUAUCUUCCUUAUUAAAUGAACAGGGUAUUUUAUUAUAUUCAUUCUACUGGUUGGACCGACGUACGCCAUAUACAGCUACUGGCAUACCAUAAAAAUAGCUGAUUCAGUUAUAACAGGCGAUUGACACUAUUGUCAAAUUAUUCCCUUUACUUAAAAUGAUAUCGAGUCCAAAUAGAUAUGUAAGUGGUGGUUAAACAUAAGAGCAAUAAACUAUUGUCGCAAUCUGAAUAUUUACAAGAAAC